AUGCUUGCAACCGUGAGCGCUGCUCCGCUCAACCUCAUGGAGAGUCGUGCACUCCCGACCCCUGUUUCCGUGGCCACAGCAAAGACCUACCUCGCUGCUUUGACAAUCAAGGCCGAGGCAAAUGCGGACACUUAUGAUCGCGAUUUAUUCCCUCAUUGGAUCACCAUUUCUGGCGCUUGUAACACGCGUGAGACGGUACUCAAGCGUGACGGAACGAAUGUCGUGACGAGCAGCUCUUGCGCGGCUACCUCCGGCUCUUGGUAUUCUGUCUAUGAAGGUGCUACCCAGACAUCUGCCGGCAAUAUUCAAAUCGACCAUCUUGUUCCAUUAGCCGAGGCGUGGAGGUCUGGUGCAUCUGGAUGGACAACAGCUAGGAGACAAGCGUUUGCAAACGAUCUCACUCGUCCUCAACUCAUCGCCGUAACCGGUAGCGUCAACCAGGCUAAGAGUGACAGUGAUCCGGCUGAAUGGAUGCCACCCCUCAAGUCUUACUAUUGCACUUAUGUGCGCGCGUGGAUUCAGGUCAAGUACUACUACUCGUUGUCGGUGGAUCAGGCCGAGUACAAUGCAUUGUACAAGUAUUUGUACGCAUGCUAG